GGAUCAAGAUCGGAGGGUGCACGCAGCACGUGGGCAGUGUUUACUCCACUGGAAAGGCUGAGACGGUGGGAGGAGUUUACGCAGCAUUGUUUGUAUUUCUUGAAGACAAGGGACGCCCUCAUCCGCCUAUCCUCCCAUACAAAAGUGGGAAAAGAACAACUUAGUGAAUAAUGGGUGUGAGGUCAAGGAAGAAGGCUCGCAACAAGUCCCGAUACCGAAUUGCUUCCAAGAGACGCAAGGCAAGCGCUCAGAAGAAGCUCAAUCCAGUCAUUAAUUGCUCAGCAGUCAAGUCGGCAUGGGACAGCAGCAAGCCCGCCUCCACCAAUGUGUCCAACAUGGGCCUUGUCUACAAUUUGAACAAGAUUGGCCUGUCAGAGAAGAAGAGUACACGAGAAACACUGCUCCCUGGAAAAUCCAAGAAAAAGGAGCAGAGAAUUUCAAAAACUGCUGUACAACAACUGGAGGAGGAAGCAUCUAAGGAGGCUCAGCUUGAGAAGCCUGGUGUACGCCUCACCAAUGCACAAGUGGUGUAUGCAACUACCAUGCUAGACAAGUAUGGUGAUGACUACAAGGCAAUGGCAAGAGAUCCCAGCAAUUAUUUUCAAGACACUUGGAAACAAAUAAGGAAAAAGAUAAAGCUGUUUACUGACAACCCUAAGUACUUUACUCCAUACAUAAAGAGAAGAGGGCUAUUGGAUCAGCAACAAGGAACUAAAGAUUCAUGAUUUUUUUUUAUAUCAUUGAACAUAAAACUGAUCAUCUAUUAUCAGUAUAGUACAAUAUUCUCAUCCAUUUCAAACCCUUCUUAGUGUCAUGGGUGAUUGUGCUGGAUUUCACGAUCCUGUGUUUUAUCUUUUGUAAGGUGUUGUGUUUGAUAUUACUUAAGGCAAAUAAACAUGAAUUAAACUGU